AUGCCUCAUCAUCACCAUCACGGCGACGACCAUGGCUGUCACGGUGAAGCCGGCCAUGAUCACAGCAAUGAUAUCACCCCCGCCCUGCAGUCUCUCCUCUACAAGCAGGUUGACUUCGACAAGAUCGUGACCAUGAACGAAUCUGAGCCGAAGGCUGGUGCCGCCAUUGUCAAGAAGACAUGGGAUCAACGACUAGACGAGGAGCCUCAGCUUGAAAGUGAUGCCGAUGAACAGCUGCUCAUGCAUGUUCCAUUCACGGGACAAGUAAAGUUACAUUCUGUUCUGCUGUACGCUGCGCCGUCCCCUUCGGCUCCAAACACAGUCAAGCUAUUUAGAAACAGACCCGACAUGGACUUCUCCACUGCUGCAGACCUUGCACCCACUCAGACUAUUUCUGUACCUCAGUCCCUUACCGGUUCUCAGGCAGAUGUGAUAGAAAUGCCAUUGAACAGAGCACUCUGGAACGGAACCACGUCAAUCACGCUAUUUUUUGAAGACAACUGGAGUCACGGUGAGGAGGACGUUACGAAAGUUGGAUAUGUGGGCUUCAAGGGUGAUUUUUUGGCUUUGAAUAAAGAGCCAAUUACUUUCCUGUACGAAGCCGCUGCGAACCCGAAGGAUCAUACUGUGAUCCAGGGGGUUGAUGGAGUUGGCAAGACCAUCGGAACUGGAAAGUGA